AUGUGUAUACCAGGCACUGGUGGUAGCGGUAAAUCUCAUUUAAUCCAAGCAAUAACAACAUAUUUUAAGUUAACAAAUCGAGAACGAGCGUUAAGGAAACUAGCUCCGACAGCUGUAGCUGCCAGUAACAUUGACGGCCAAACAAUUCACUCAUUUUUGGUACCGGUUCAAGAUGUACACGAAAGUGUGAGACUGGGUGAUAGUAAAGUAGAAAGAGAUUGGCAAGAUGUUGAAUAUGUAUUUAUUGAUGAAAUGUCAAUGGUAGCCCUGUAUCUUUUGGCUCGCUUAGCCGAAACGAUAACGAUUGGCAAAAGUUUUCCAGCGGAACUUCCAUUUGGUGGUGUUUGGUGA